UCCGUAGACCGCCGCCAGCUGGGCAGGUCAGGAGUACAGAACGUCCUGGUGCGGACACGCAAUCCGCGUGUGAACCUGCGUUGGGGCAGUUCCCGUAGCUCGUACUCGUUUGGUUAUCCGGCCGUAGCGGACAGCUGAGGAGAGCUCACCGUAUUUCGGAAAACAUGGCGAAACCCGAGUCACUGGGCGAAAAUGUCACGUCGAGCACUUCGAGGCAGUCGCAGCAGUGCGUUGUCUACUUGUGCCAUGCACCGAUUCAAAACGCGAAUUCCGCUGGCGUGAGCCUGCUGUCGUCGUUCGCUUCAGCAUCGCAGCGGGUAUGCGGCGAUUCGUGGGAGAAGCACUGGCUGGUGGUCUUCGACUACGGCGAAGACGUGGUGCUCGUCUGCGAUGCGGACAUGGACCACUCGGGGGCACUGACGGGGCGCAAGUAUUGGAAGAAGCGGACGGCGGUCUUCAAUGGGUCGUACUCGUACAAGAAACGCCUGGGAAAGCACACUAUUCCGAAGGCACGCGUCGAGGAGGCCAUGCUCGAGAUGUGCGACUCGGGCCAGUACCACCUGACGAGGAACAACUGCCAAAAGUGGGCCAAAGAGCUCCUGCGACGGCUCGGAGUGGUGGUGCCUCUGGACGAGCCGGACGCGCAGAACGUGGUCGAGGGUGUCGUCCAGCCGCUCGUCGGCGGCACACUGCUCGCAGGCGCCUUUGCUGUGUUGAAGUUCAUCUUGUUCAGGGGACGCAUUUAGGACCAACCGAAGCUACAACAGAUUGCCGGACAAGGACAACUUACAGCAGUGCCUUCCCGUGUUACCUUUCAUGAAAUAAAAAUGUUUCACAAUUCCUUCUUGACAAA